UUGUCUGCGCCCACAAGCAGCGUAAAGGCAAAUAGAAACACCAAGCUGCCUCUCAGAGUUACGGGAAUUGCGUUUUCGAAUUAAAGGGAAGCCAUCGGAUGAGUGGAGGUUUAUAUCUUAUAGCCUAAUUAUGCACUGUAACGCAAAGAGAAAAUAAGUCAUGGAAGGGAUACUCUAUAAGUGGACUAAUUAUAUAAGCGGCUGGCAGCCUCGUUGGUUUGUACUGGACGGAGGGACACUGUCAUAUUACGACUCCCAGGAAGAUGCAUGGAAAGGAUGCAAGGGAAGCAUCAAAAUUUCAGUCUGUGAAAUUCAAGUACAUCCCUCUGAUGUCACGCGCAUGGACCUGACCAUUCCUGGAGAACAGUAUUUCUACCUCAGAGCCAUCAAUGCAGCAGAGAGGCAAAAAUGGCUGGUUGCUUUGGGAACAGCAAAGGCCUGUCUCACAGACAACAGGACAAAGAGGGAGAAAGAGCUCCAGGAGAGCACAGAGGCCUUGAAAACCAAGAUGUCUGAACUGAGGCUGUACUGUGAUCUCCUCCUGCAACAAGUGAACAAGAUCAAGGAGGAUUCUCAGUCCGAGGAGCCAGGAGAUGUUGUGCAGGCUGGUGAGGGUGUGGGCCCACUAGUGAAAUCCACCUGUACAACCUUCCUGAAGACCCUGGAGGAAUGCAUGCAGAUCGCCAGUCGGGCUUUUAACCCUGACCUCUUGGCCCAGAGCCCACCCGCAUCACCCCCUGUCGCCGCCAUCAAACCUCACAAGGUCAGACCAGUCUACCAAUCAAGUCAAAGCCUUGUGGAGAAGAGGAAAGAAAUAAACAUCUCAGGAAGUGCCAUGGAUUUAGCACAGGAGGGACCUGCAUCUGCCCCGGUGACACCAGAGCAGCCCAGGCCACCUCCCCUGGACACACAACCCCAGCCUGAGGUGUCCAUCCCAGAAGCAGGGCACAAGGAGCCUGAAGACAUUGUGGACAGUUUGGACACACAUUCCCAAGAUGGCCAGGCCUCAUCUGGAAAGGAGCAGAGUGAAGGAGGGGUGGGGGAGGACACAACAGCAAGCUCACUCGAGCAGGAAAAUCAGCAUGAUCAAGUCCAACAAGAAGUGGGCCCCAGCCAGCCUCAUGACCAGCUGGACGGGGUCCCUGAUCAAAAGGAGGGAGAGCAGGAAGACAGCCCUGCCUCAGAUGAGGUAGAACAGGAAGAGCAGGAGCAGGUGGACACCUUCUUCAGCACUAUGAGUCACAGAUUUAGUGAUAUAAGACUGGAGGACGACAGUGGUAUCCCCACACAGCCCUUUUUGGAUUCUUGCUAUGCUUUAGUGCCAUUAUUAGACAAGCUGGGCCCCACUGUAUUUGCUCCUGUUAAAAUGGAUUUUGUGGGCAAUAUUAAGAAAAUCAACCAGAAGCUGGUGUCAGCCCCAGAGUGCUUCCCAACACUGCAGACCAUGGUCCUGCAUGAGGUGGAGGCGGGCGUGGCCCAGGUGCGCAACUCUGCCACUGAGGCCCUGCUCUGGCUCAAACGAGGCCUCAAGUUCCUCAAGGAGUUCCUGUCGGAAAUAAACGCAGGAGAACGGGACAUCCAUGCUGCACUCAACAAUGCUUAUGGGAAGACCUUGCGGCAGUACCAUGGAUGGGUAGUACGAGGAGUCUUUGCUCUGGCCUUAAGAGCCGCCCCGUCCUACGGGGGCUUCAUGGCAGCGCUGGUGACCAAGGAGGGCGAGGAGCUGAAGGAUGGCUUUGACUCCGGCAUGCGCAGGGACCUGGGCAUGUAUCUGCCCGCCAUGGGGAGGCAGCUGGCUAUGCUGGACGCUUUGUAUGAGGAGUAUGGCCUGGAGUCUGACGAGGUGGUGUGAGCAGCAGCAUGCUCGGUGAAGCCAUGAGGGGGUGGGGGUGUGGCAGUGGCGUAUGCUCAAAAUGGCUGUUGAACAGGACAUGCUCAGUGUGAGGUGUGAAGGCAAGAGGAUUGGCCAGUCUAGUGACAGCUGUGUGGACUGAGCAUGCUCAGAGGAGGUGUGAGGACUGAGCAUGCCCAGUAGGGGUGUGCAGGUGGAGCAUGCUCAGUGAAAGCUGUCCAGUAUGAGCAUUGCUCAGUGAAGGGGUUUUGGAACUCCUCAGUGAAGUGCCACAAGGACAGAGCAUGCUCAGUUUGGGAGUGUGAAGUUGGACUAUGCCCAGUUUUGGUGAAAUGCAGUUCUUCAGAAAGUUCAGUGUUCACCUGUUACGAGACUCCAAUACCUGAAUGCUUGACACCAGUUUCAUCUCAAAAUCAUCUUUUUCAUCUAGUUCAAUGAUGAUGUCCUACAGAUAUUUAAGCUAUGCUACUCUGUUACAUCUUGAAGGUGUAAAGGUUUCUCCUGUAACUUUCAUAGAUAAGGGCUACAGUUUUAUUAUUAAGACAAAAGUCAUAUGUACUACUUUGGCAACUUUUUGUAUUUUAGUUAAUUCCAUUUAAUAUAUUUCCUAGCAAAUAUUUUGUCCUAUAUUAUGAAGUUUUAACUUCAAAAGUUGUCAAAGAACAUCCAUAAAGGGAUAAAUGUGUUCUGCAGUACAAAGAAGCAGCUUGUUCGCUCACAUUCACAGAAUAGUUGAAUUAGAGCGAUGUGCCAUUCUUAAAUAGAUAUGUGAAAAUGCGGAGGUACUGAUCAGAUGUUGGAAAGCUCAACUCAAGGUUUGUCACAUCACACAAUGCUAUUGCUACAUGAGUGUCAAUUUGUGGAUGCUGGAGGCAGUAUUCUUGUUUAACUGUGACGUCACCAACUACAAUUUCCCCCCCGUAAAUAUUCACUGUAGACAUUAGUCCAGUGGCAUGAGAAGGUGUAUGCACAGACCUGGGUUCUAUUCAACACAAUGCAAUGCGCAAUAGGAUGGCUUUUAAAUCUGGCCAUUCUCCUGAGUCCCACAGAGGCAUGUUGCAAAAUGUGAACAUACAUUUUUGUGCGCUUCCAUAGAAAAUGUUACAGUAUUAUGCAAGAGAAGUGAUGCUUUUAUCUACAUUUUGUAUUUGUGCUGGCAGGAGUCACAGGGUUAAUGCGGCUGUACAGGCCUCAGCUGGCGCUGCCAAAUGGAACAAAAAAACGGCAAAGCUUGUGUAACCAUCGGCAUACAACCUCAGAAACUGCUGGGCGUCCACAUGCACAAAUGAUAAAGACUGUAGAUAUGUAAUAUUUAAGGCACUUUAUUUAUUCUUGUUUUUAUUGAGAGGUAAAAAUGAUGAUACAUUCAGUGUAAAAUGGGCAGGUUCAGUGCCAGCCUCAGCUCAUGGAGAGGCUGUGGGUAUGCUGUUUUAUGGUCCUGUGUCAUUUAACUCUUUAUUAACUGAGAAAUGUACUCAAUUUUGCUGGUUUUGACAGCAUGAGCACAUUACAGCCAAAGGUUGAACAUGUGCGCUAUACUGAAAUAUUUCACCGUAGUGCAUUUUUGGUAAUACACCAAUAUAAACAAAUGCAGUUAAUUAAUUGAAGUUAUUGAGCCAGAAUAAUCUUAAAACACCUCUGCAGCCUGCCAUGGACUGUAUUCUACAUCUCUGCAGUAAGGGGCUGCAAUCAUGUUCAGUUAAUAAUUAACAAGUGCAUUGUAUCGUGAAUUUUCUUACGUAGAUUUUAUUUUGAAGGAAGCAGAACAUGCCAAUUUUCGUUAACUUAUUUAUAGCUAGUGUGUAUUAUACGCAGUAUCGUAAAUGCAUACAUUGUAAUUAUUUAGGAUGGAUUCGUAGCCUCAAUGGAUCUUCUUUUGCUUUAUAUGUUACCAUUAGGCAGUUUUUCCAUUGCAUUGUGAAUGUUUUUGUUAUUAUGUCUAUACAUUCUUGGCAUGAUUGUAUUGUUCAGUAUGAGUGGAACUUAAAUUAAGGCUUGAAGUGCCAUUUUCUACACAAAGUGUGAUGGGGAUACGCCACCAAAAAAAUCUGAAUUUCAUGUUUUUCAUGUUUUUCUCAAGCCAUCCAGAUUUCUUUUUCUAAAAUUGUCUGAACAGGUAAUGAUUUACAAAAUUGUACUUGUUUGAUUCAACUGGUGAUUUUAGCUUAUUUUGAAGCUAAUGAUUGUCAAAAUAAUCCACUUAUUGAAUGAAAGUUUUAUUUACCAGGACUUGCUGUUUUAAAAGUGAAGUGUAGUCACAACAAAUAUUGAUUUAAUUUAGUUUAACAGUUCACUGCUCUUCAGAGUAAAUUAUUUGAUAUUUAAAACUGUAUAUAUAAUUAAUUUGGAAAGCAUCUUUGCUUUUCAUAUUUAAUUAAAAUAAAAAUUAAAAAAAUGGGCAACAUUUGGUAUAAAUUAAAAAUGGUGAAUUUUAGAUUUUGGGUGGAAUUAUUCAUAUUGAAAGGGAAAGUUGCCUGAAGAGAAUGUCUGUGAGUCUGACCAAGGACCAAGCAAUGCAACCAAAAUAAAAAGCAUUUUGAAUGUCA